AUGGAUAGAGAGGAGGAAAGGGAACCUUUCUGCUUGAUGUGCCUGGCUUUCUCCCCAACCAUCCCAUUCCUUGUCCCUCCCUUGGGGACUCUCCUAUUUCUCCUGCCUCCUUCUCCUUUUUCUUUCACCCACUCCACUUUCCCCUCUCCAGCUUCCCCAUUCUUUCAUCCUCCUUGGAAGGACUCCUCACCUCAUCCUCUCUUACCCUGCAUCCCCUUCUGUCUUAACCUCUCUUGCCAGUUGUCCUGCAGUUUAUGUUUGUGUGCCUAUGGCUGGUCUCCCCAUUGGAGGCUCAUUCCUGGGUCCAGAUCUGAUUGUCAACAGGUGCUUGUAUGCUCCUUGAUUCCAGAAGCAGGAGGCACCACUACUCAAGAGACAUCCAAUCCACAUUACAGGGUGAUCUGUGAGGAGAACACACGAAGCAGUACAAUGCUGAGAUUCCAUGAUCUUGAUGAGACCCUGGAGGCCCCCAAGGUAGUUGGAGUCCAGGGAACCAUCAAGGCACGGAUGGAUGGUGGAUCUAUGGAAAUCAAGAUGGGUUUUGGUGGCAAAAUGCUUCUCACAGAGGGUACAUUGACGCACGUGCAUGGGACGUGCCUCAUGCAUAAGUGUCGAAUUCAAGUGAAAAAGUCCUCCUUCUUCCUUAUCUACGAUCUUCAAGAGGAAAUCGGUAGAGAUGGUCGAGGCCGGCUUCCACUUGAGGAGGGACUUGCAAACCCCAGGCGUGUAGGGUUCAUUCACCGGUUGGAAGAUGAGGCCAUCCGAUUGGUGGACCAGAUUGUUUUUGGCUUCCGAGAGGUCGUAGAAUUCCUUGGUUUGGAUGUCGAAACAUUCAUUGCUCUCAUCAAUGAGGCCUUCAGUCUUCGCGGCUUGCCUUGGUUCAACAAUCUCACGACGAAUGCAAGUCAACCUCUUAUUGAAGUCCUCCUGUCCCACAUGCCGUCCUUGGAAGCGGACGACGUCAAAGAUGAGCUGAAAAAGGAAUAUUACCGGCACCUGGACAAGCCAGCUUGCGAUGCGUAA